GUAUUAAAGUAUGUGUUGUAUUGACGACACGUUUUGUAUUUUAUUAUUUUGAAUUCAUAUUCACUAUUGAUUUCAAUGGUAAAUGUGAUGCAAUCGAUCAGUUAGUUUACCACAAGAUUUUUGUUGUUAUAUCAGUGGAUCAGCUAUAAAGUGAUAGUCUUAAGAUAAAUAUCUAAUCAUUGAAAUACAAUGCCCACAAUCAACAUCAAUAGGGAUCUAUUGUUUCAACGAUUGGGACAAGUCUUCACUGAAGAUGAGUUCAAUGAUCUUUGUUUUGAUUUUGGCAUCGAAUUGGAUGAAGUGACAUCGGAGAAGCAAAUCAAAGCCAAAGAACAGGGAACCGAUCGGGCAAAAGGCGCCUCAGAGGAUGUCAUCUACAGGAUUGAGAUACCGGCCAAUCGGUAUGACCUGCUCUGUGUCGAAGGUCUUACCCGAGCGCUUCUCAUAUUUCUGGGAAAAUCUGAAAUACCAGAGUAUCGAUCGGUUAGGCCAUCGAAAGGAGAGUUACAACAGUUGAUUGUAUUGCCAAACACAAUGCAGGUGAGACCCUUUGCUGUGGCAGCUAUUCUUCGAGGAGUAAAAUUCAAUCAACAAAUUUAUGAUAGUUUUAUUGAUUUACAAGAAAAACUUCAUCAAAACCUUUGCAGAAAACGAACUCUGGUAGCUAUCGGUGCCCAUGAUUUGGACAAAUUGAAGGGUCCCUUCUAUUAUGACGCCCGAGUGCCCAAUGAUAUCAAAUUCAAACCGUUAAAACAGACCAAAGAGUAUACGGCCACACAACUGAUGGACUUAUAUCAGACGGACGACCAUUUGCGACCAUUUCUGCAUAUUAUUAGAGAUAGUCCCGUAUAUCCAGUAAUUUACGACCAAAACAAUGUCAUACUAUCGAUGCCUCCCAUUAUCAAUGGUGAUUAUAGUAAAAUAACAUUGAAUACGGAAAACAUAUUCAUUGAGAUGACAGCAACUGAUCUAAAUAAAGCUAAACUAUGUUUGGAUACAUUUGUUUCAAUGUUUAGUGAAUAUUGUGAACCAAAGUUUACUGUGGAAAGUGUUGAAGUAACCCAUUCCGAUACAUCCCGUACCGUAUAUCCCGUUUUGAACUAUCGUGAGGAGACUAUUACUGUUGAUUAUGUCAAUAGCCAUUUGGGCAUAAAACAAACUCGGGAACAGAUUGCCGUUUUACUCAACCGUAUGAGUUUGGGCGCCGAACUGCUUGAUGACCAGCGAUUGAAAGUACGAAUACCGCCCAUACGUCAGGACAUACUCCAUGCGUGCGAUAUUCUCGAAGAUGCGGGCAUUGCCUACGGUUACAAUAACAUUGAGUUUACAAUACCGAAAGCCCAGACCAUCGGCCACCAGUACUUUCCCAAUAAGGUGUCCGAUCAGCUCCGGAAUGAGAUCGCCCGAUGCGGUUAUACCGAAGUUCUUACCUUUUCGCUGUGUUCUCGCGAUGACAUUGCCGACAAAAUGCGACGAAAGGAUGCUCUCGCAAAGGCCGUCCACAUAGCCAACCCAAAGACACUGGACUUUCAAGUGGCCCGAACCUCCCUAUUGCCCGGACUGCUCAAAACGUUAUACUCUAACAAAAAAGUAGCCUUACCUUUGAAAAUAUUCGAAGUUUCCGAUAUAGUACUCAAAGAUAAUAACCAAGAGGUCGGCGCCCGAAAUGAACGCUAUUUGGCUGCCGUUUACUAUAACAAAACGCCCGGUUUUGAGGUAAUUCACGGACUAAUGGACCGAAUACUACACGUACUGGAGAUUCGUUUUAAUCCACUGAAGACAGGCGACGGAUAUUUUAUCCGUUCGGCUAAUGAUUCCCGUUUUCUAUCCGGCCGUUGUGCCGAAGUGGUGGUCAACAAUAAGGUGGUCGGAAUAAUGGGUGUUUUGCAUCCGGAAGUGAUUACUAACUUUGAUUUAGUACAGCCGUGCUCUGCAUUGGAGCUAUCAUUGGAAAGUCUAAUUAAAAUGGAUUAUUAAUUUAUAAGAAGUUUUUUUUAUUAAAAAAAAUUAUAUAACUAUUAAUUUUUUAAAAAUAAUUAUUGACCAAUAAAUUUAAU